AGAUAGUGAGAAGAGUGGCCCAGACGGAGGCACUAGUUUAUAUUGUCGUAGUGUUUUCUAUUGAGCCCCCCCUCCUCCCCCCUCCAAAUUAUUUCGUUUAAUGGCCAAACGUGGGCAGAAUUAUAACGGAAUGAGCAAUCUGCCGUGACUCGUCGGUGCUGAAAGUCACUCUGGUUGCCAACAGGGCAUUUGUUGCUGCUGUCUGUCGGGACCAUCCCAGGGAUUUAAAGAGGGAAAAGAAAGGAUAAAACACGUCUAUGUUGCCGAAAUAAAGCCACAACACCGAGAUGGACCUGAAGCUGCUUUUGAUAUCCACUUUGUUAGGAGUCAUCUGUUACAGUAAUGCUCAGAAAGAGGGGAAUGAGUGCAUCAAUGCCAAUGCCAAGUAUUGUGGGGAGUGCAUCCAGGCGGGAGCCAAAUGCGGCUGGUGUAAAGACCCAAAAUUCCUGAAACAGGGCGAGACCGUGUCAACCCGUUGUGAUGAGCUGCAGUCUCUGAAGAAGAGGGGCUGCCCUGACAAAGACAUUGAGAACCCACGAGGAGGACAAAGGAUCGCCAAGAACAAAAUGUUGACGAAUCGCAGCAAGGGAGGAAAGAAACCCAGGCUGGAGGACAUCACUCAGAUUCAACCUCAGAAACUCAGUCUCACACUAAGAUCAGGAGAGCCCCAGUCAUUCGACGUGAAUUUCAAACGUGCAGAGGAUUACCCCAUUGACCUGUACUACCUGAUGGACCUAUCCUACUCCAUGAAAGACGAUCUGGAGAAUGUCAAGAAUCUCGGAACCAAUCUGAUGGAAGAGAUGACCAAGAUCACCUCUGACUUCCAGAUAGGCUUUGGCUCUUUUGUUGAGAAGACAGUCAUGCCUUACAUCAGCACAACCCCAGCCAAGAUGAGGAACCCAUGCACAGGUGACCAGAACUGCACCAGCCCCUUCAGCUACAAGAACGUCCUGAGUCUCACCAAUGAUGGCAAUAUGUUCAACACCCUGGUGGGCCAGCAGCAAAUCUCUGGGAACUUGGACUCUCCUGAGGGGGGAUUUGAUGCCAUCAUGCAAGUGGCUGUGUGUGAAAAGCAGAUCGGCUGGAGGAAAGUGACUCGUCUGCUGGUGUUCUCCACUGAUGCCGGCUUCCACUUUGCUGGAGACGGCAAGCUGGGAGGCAUCGUGUUGCCAAAUGAUGGGAAAUGUCACCUGGAGAACAAUGUGUACACCAUGAGCCACUACUACGACUACCCCUCAAUUGCUCACCUAGUCCAAAAGCUGAGCGACAACAACAUUCAGACCAUCUUUGCAGUCACAGAGGAGUUCCAGCCUGUUUACAAAGAGCUUAAAAAUCUAAUACCAAAGUCUGCAGUGGGCACGCUGUCUGCCAACUCCAGCAAUGUGAUCAACCUGAUUAUUGAUGCCUACAAUUCUCUCUCGUCGGAGAUCAUUUUGGAAAACAGCAAGUUGCCAGAGGGAGUGACCAUAGCUUACACGUCCCACUGUAAGAAUGGCAUAGUUAAUGAGGGCGAGAACGGAAGGAAAUGCUCCAAUAUCUCCAUUGGGGAUGAGGUGACAUUCACCAUCAGUGUAACAGCUAAGGGCUGUCCCAAGCAAGGAAAGUCUGAGACCAUUAAAAUCAAACCCCUAGGCUUUACAGAGGAGGUGGAAGUUACCUUGAACUUCAUCUGUGAAUGCGAAUGCCACAAGGACGCAAUUGAGAACAGUGACCACUGCCACUUUGGCAAUGGUACAUAUGAAUGUGGAGCAUGCAAGUGUAAUGAAGGGCGUGUGGGCAGGCAGUGCGAGUGCAGCAGCAACAUGGUGACCACGGAAGACAUGGACAGGACGUGCCGCAAGGACAACGGCACUGACAUCUGCAGCAAUAAUGGCGACUGUAUCUGUGGGACGUGCGAGUGCAAAAAGAGAGACAAUCCAGAGGAGCGAUACAGUGGACAGUACUGCGAGUGUGAUAACUUCAACUGUGACCGCUCUGGCAACAAGUUGUGCGGAGGGCACGGACACUGUGAGUGCAGGGUGUGUAUCUGCGAUCCAAUGUGGACCGGUAGUGCCUGUGACUGUUCACUUGACACCAGUACAUGCCUAGCGACAAACAAGCAGAUCUGUAAUGGCCGUGGGAACUGCGAGUGUGGUACCUGUAAGUGUACAGACCCCACGUUUCAGGGCCCUACCUGUGAGGCCUGCCCUACUUGUCCAGGAGUGUGCACACAGCACAAAGAGUGUGUCCAGUGCCGGGCAUUUGGCACAGGUGAGAAGAAGGACACAUGCAAGAGCGAAUGCGACACCUUCAACCUGAUAAAAGUAAAGGACAGGGACAAGUUGCCCCAACCCAAUGAUGCCAACUACCCUGUGAUACAUUGUAAGGAGAGGGAUGCCAACGAUUGCUGGUUCUACUACACCUAUGCUGUCAACAACACUGCAAAUACGGUCCAUGUGGUAGAGACGCUAGAUUGCCCUGCUGGUCCUGACAUCAUUCCCAUCGUGGCGGGUGUGGUUGCAGGCAUCGUUCUGAUUGGCUUAGCCCUGCUACUCAUCUGGAAGCUGCUGAUGAUCAUCCACGAUAGACGAGAGUUUGCCAAGUUCGAGAAGGAGAAGAUGAACGCCAAAUGGGAUACCGGUGAAAACCCCAUCUACAAGAGCGCUGUCACAACGGUGGUCAAUCCCAAAUAUGAAGGCAAAUGAUGGCCUAUGUGUUUUCAAUGGACAGUAUUAUCAAGCAUUUGAACCCUACAUUAAACACAAUCAGGGCAUGAGAGGAAUAAAUGGUUGAUUUGAUGUCCUUCAUAUGUUAUUUUGUUGCUUCAUUAUUAUAAUGUAACAUUUGGCCACUGCAUCUGUAUUUUUACUAACACAUUUCAUCCCUAAGCAUUCAAUGUAUUUUUGAUGUACAGCAUAUGUGUAUAUACUUUAAAUUGCAAAAGACUAUGAAAUUAAGGUGUGGUUUUUUUUUCUCCUGCCAAAGGACUGGUAUGGGCAAAGGAUUUAGCUUUUUUCGUUUUCUUUUUUUUUUUUACCAAUACAGCGUGUACAAUAUUGAUGUAUUGUUCAGAUAUAAAUGGACAAGCGUUUCCAACUGUCUGUCUCUCUCUGUCUGUAUCUUACAUAUGAUCACUUUGUUUGUCUCUCGUCCACUUUCUCCCCUCUCUGCACUGACUUCCUGUGUAUUUUUAGUUUUACAGAAAAGGGCCUGCGUUUAAUACGUAACCCGUCUGCCAUAGCACAUUAUAUGUGAUGUGUAUUUAUAGAGAACAAAUAAACAGUAGGAAAUACUGAUUGCUCCCUGUCUAAUUAAAGACAAACAAAAGUGUGGAUUCUCACACAAAUAGUUGUGGAUAGAUUGUUUUCAUUUUGCAAAGCCAGUUUAUGGAUAUCACUUGUAAGCAGCAUCCAUUGGAGAGAAUAUUGUUGCACUCUUAAUGAGUACUGUCGUUCAUGAAGGAUAGAAAUAUAGACGUAAAAAUCAAGAAAGUUAAAAUUGGCACUAAUUAUUUUUAGCUUUAACAUAAUCACAAAAGGAUUGUGUACCGAUUGCUCCGAUGGUGACUCCACGUGUGGCUGUGCUGAACAAUUCAAAGGAUUAUUACAAGAAAAAAUGUUAAAAGUAGUAUUUUAAUUUUAUUUUCUAACUUUUUCUAUUCAUUCUCAGGUCUGUUCCUGUGUUCAUGAUCAAUUAAGCAAAAUAUAUUGUUGUUUCCCUGUGUCAGGUUGUUGCAAAUUGUGAACUCAUUGUGUCGGUCAAUAGAAUAUGUUUAGUUAAUCUUUAGACUAUUAGAGCAAAACAAAUACUUGUUUAAACAAUGUUUGGAGACAUCACAUGUAUCACCUCAUCUUUUCAAACCCUUAAAUGCCUCUGAAUUACCACAUAGGCCUACACAGUAUUGUUUUCAAAGUGCCUUUUAUUUCAAUAUCAUGUUCACUACCAGUGCUGAAUUUUAUUUAUUAAAUAAACUAUAAAAA